AUGUAUCUAGCUUCGGUGAAACCUUGCGCUAAAUCCUUAAUUGCGGGCACAGCGGGCAUUGCAAGCAGAACGAUGGCUACCUCUACGUUCAAGUCGUUCGUGUAUUCAACACACGACGUUGAAGAUCCUACCAAAGUUUUGUCGGUACACCAGUACAAACCAAAGGAUCUCGAAAAGCUGGUGCUGCUGCGUACACUAGCGUUCCCAAUCAAUCCAUCGGACAUCAACCAAUUGGAAGGCGUGUACCCUUCAAAGCCCGAGAAAACACUGGAAUUGGGCACUAAAGAGCCCAGUGCAGUUGCCGGAAACGAAGGUGUCUUUGAAGUGGUUCAUGUCCCGGAAACGGUCAAUGGGCUCACGCCAGGAGAUAUGGUGAUCCCAUUGCAAGCGAAUUUUGGUACCUGGUCGAGCUAUCGAACCUGUAAAGACGCUUCGCAAAUGGUGAAGGUGGAAGGCUGCGAUAAGUUCGCAGCAGCGUCGAUUGCUGUGAAUGGGUGCACUGCAUACCAGAUGCUCAACAACUACGUCGAGUGGGAUAGCAAUGGCAACGACUGGUUGGUCCAGAAUGCCGGAACGUCGUCGGUGUCGAGGUUGGUGACCCAGAUGGCCAAGUUGCAAAAUAUAAAGACCCUCAGCAUCAUCAGAGACCGUGACAACUUUGAGGAAGUGGCCCACGAGCUGGAAUCGAAAUAUGGCGCUACCAAGGUCAUCUCAGAGUCGCAGAACAAUGACAGGGAGUUCAGCAAAAACGAGUUGCCGAAAAUUCUGGGACCUGACGCUCAUGUUAAGCUGGGUCUCAACUCCGUGGGUGGCAAGUCGUCUACACAACUAGCCCGCAAGCUGGACGUGAAUGCCACGAUGUUGACGUAUGGAGGUAUGGCGAAGCAGCCAAUCACUCUACCUCCAUCGCUGCAUAUCUUCAAAGGUUUGAAAAGUUUGGGCUUUUGGGUCACCAAGAACUCCAUUGAGGAUCCGCAGAAUAAGCGAGACACCGUUGCAAAUGUGGCCCGUUUGUACGCGGAAGGUAAGCUCAUCUCUCCCAAAGAAAAGGUCACAAAGCUUGAGUGGAACCCUGCGUCCGCCUCGGACGAUGAAGCACUCGAAUUGAUCAAGAAAGGGAUCACCACCAAGGGCAACAAGAACGUGGUGGUGCUAAAAUGGUGA